UCACUCCCUAUAUAAAUCCCCCCCAUAAAUCUCCCUCCAUAUUCCCUAUAACGUCUUUUCUCCAUUAAUUCACACAUAAAGUCUUUUCUUAACAAUGGCUAACGAAGGUACCAAGCCCUCAGCAUACCUUAAAGACAUGGAAGAAGUGAAAAAAGUAUUCGCUCGCUUCGACGCCAACGGCGACGGCAUGAUCUCCGGUGACGAACUUUCAGGCGUGCUCAAAGCCCUAGGAUCCGACACUUCACCGGAAGAAGUUGCACGUAUGAUGUCCGAAAUCGAUACCGACAAGGACGGUUGCAUUAACCUAGAAGAAUUUGCUGAUUUUUGCAAAAACGACGAUUCUGUUGACGGUGGUGCUAAGGAGCUUAAGGAAGCGUUUGAUCUUUAUGAUCAGGAUCAUAACGGAAGAAUUUCUGCAACGGAGCUUCAUCAGAUCCUUAACCGUUUGGGACAGAAUUGUACGAUUCAGGAUUGUACUAGAAUGAUCACGUCCGUUGAUGCUGACGGUGAUGGUUAUGUUUGUUUUGAGGAGUUUAAGAAGAUGAUGAGUAAUAAAUGAAAGAUGUUUUUUUUUUCUUUCUUACUUUUGAGUGGCUGAUAAACGGUGAGGUACACCGGAUUUUGGUGCGCUCUCCGGUAGUGUAUAGCCUUUUUAUGGUCUAAUAAAUGCCACGACCUUCCUGGCUUUA